GAGGUCAGCCUCNGAAGAAAAGCCACCCUGCAGAGGCAGGGCACUUAGUUGAGAAGGGUAAUAGUGCAGAGAGAGGACCCUCUGCCAAGAAAGAUCCCCACACUGGGAGAGGUAGACCUCCAAAGAAGAGUCACCCNGCAGAGAGGCAUCUGUCUGCCUCUAUGAAAGUUUGUCCUCCUAAAAAACAUCAGCCUGCAAAGCAAGUUGUCUGUGUAAAGAGAGUUCGUUCUGCAGAAAGAGUUCACUCCAUGGAGAGAGGUCACCUUGCCAAGAAAAGUUGUCCUGCAGAGAGACAGCUCUCUGCUGAGGAAGGUAGCAUGGCAGAGCGGGGUUGCUCCUUUGAGACAGAUCUUUCAGGGGAGAGAGCUCACUCUUCCCAGGGAAGCUGCACAGCUGAAGAAAGGAGUGAGGAAGGCAAUAUGCAUUCUGUGGAGAAAGGUCAUCCCUCCACGGAGACAGGCUUCCCUGAAGAGAAAUCCUCUUCAGGAUCCAUGUCUAAGGCAACAGAACCAAACAACCUGCAGAGUCCUCCAGAAAACAGAAUUGGCAGUGAAACCAACCAAGUAGCCCAGNUCCCUCACCGNAAUAUGCCUGUAACUGUGAAGAUAAAAAUGGGAGUCGAGUUGAAAUUGCCUGAUGAACUGAAGUUUCGUCUUGUUGAGGACUGGGACUUGGUCAACAAGCAAAACCAGUUAUUCCAACUUCCUGCUGAGAAGACUGUAGAUGCCAUUCUUGCAGAAUAUGUGACUUUUGUGAAGUCACAGGAUCUUGGUGAUAAUAGAGAAUACUCCGUUGAUGAAGUUGUACUUGGAAUAAGAGAGUAUUUCAACAAGAUGCUGGGCACCCAGCUGCUCUGCAAGUUUGAAAAGCCCCAGUAUGCUGAAAUUCACCAGGUUUAUCCUGGUAUUCCAAUGUCUCAGGUCUAUGGGGCUCCACAUCUCCUGAGAUUGUUUGUGAAAAUUGGGACUGCAUUGGCCCAUUCACCCCUUAAUAGGCAGAGUCUUCUCUUAGUGUCUAGCUAUAUGCAUGAUUUCCUGGAAUAUCUUGCAGAGAAGUCCACUUCUCUGUUUACCGUCAGCAAUUACAAAGUAGCUUCAGCCGAAUAUUGUUGCAAAGCCCUAUAAGGGUCAGC